CCGAAACACCUUCUUUAUCGAAACGACUAUAUCAUCAUGGGCAAGGGACAGCCUAGAGGUUUGAACGCCGCUCGUAAAUUGCGCAUUCAUCGCCGUGAACAGCGCUGGGCUGACAAGCAAUAUAAGAAGAGAGCUCUUGGAACUGCUUUCCGUUCCUCUCCUUUUGCCGGUGCCUCUCACGCCAAGGGCAUUGUUUUGGAAAAGAUUGGUGUUGAAGCCAAGCAGCCUAACUCUGCCAUUCGUAAGUGUGUCCGUGUUCAAUUGAUCAAGAACGGCAAGAAGAUCACCGCUUUCGUUCCCAACGAUGGUUGUUUGAACUUUGUUGACGAAAACGACGAAGUCCUCAUUGCUGGUUUCGGUCGUAAGGGUCGUGCCGUCGGUGAUAUUCCCGGUGUCCGUUUCAAGAUCGUCAAGGUCGCUGGUGUCUCCCUUCUCGCCUUGUACAAGGAAAAGAAGGAAAAGCCCAGAUCAUAAAUCUGGAAGCUUUUUUCUCCUUUCUUUUUUUAUCUUGCCAUUUUCCAUCAUGCUUGAUUCAAAAUAAAAACUUGCCUCAGCUGCUGAGCACAUUCCAUGAUA